AUGAACUUGAAACCUUUCGAACAGUCUGAAUACUCUACACAAAGAAGUAUGCUACUUGUUGCCAAGCGUAUAUUGUACAUAUAAUAAUUUGACAAAAAUUUUUGCAUAUAUUCGACAAUAUGCCGAAUAUCCAAUAUUCCAACUUAUUAUUUUAACUAGAUGUUUCUUCUACUGGUCUAGUCCUUAUGAAUUACGAUAAUUACUAUAUUUUGUAAUGUUCGAUGUCUCGAAAAAGUAAUCGAUAUGAAGCACACGAGGUCUCGAACUAUCUAUCACCUUUCUCUUUUGUACAAUCUUCCUUUCUUCAAUCGUAUCGUAUUUAAUAUGUCGUUGCUAGUCUGUUACUUGAUGAGUGUACGACAAUCAUAUUCGUGCCACUUUAACCAAAAUCCAGAACACUUGUGUUUAACUGCGAGGAAACCGCAGUGAACGCUGUCCAAUAGCGUUUCGGUGCAUUACACGUCCAUACUGAACGUCGUGUCGCUUAACAAUUGUUAUUUAUUUUUUAUCAGUUUCUAAGAUUCUUGGUAAUUAUGAAUUAAAGAAGGUGUAGUAGCUGGUAGUUACGACAUGGCUGAGUACCGUUAGUUCAUUUUCUAUUAUUUUCAAAUCAUUUAUCGAUGUUUCAUUUUCUAUGAUUAGCCUUGGUUUCUCCUCCAUUUUGCUUCCUAUAUAUGGGACACCGCCCUUCGAACAGCUAUUAGUAAUUUUUUAUUUUUUCGUUCGAGCAAUAUAAAAUUAUUAUAAAGGCAUUUUAUUAUUAUAUUAAUAUUAUUUUCGUCAUUUGGAAAAUUUUUCACGAGUUUCUUGUAAAAGUUACAUAACCUCAAAAUUGUGCAAAUUCAUAAUUUUGUGUUUUACUUUAUUAAUUCGAUCAUUGCAUAUAGUAUUAUUUUAAGUAUAAUCAUUUUACGAUGUACUCCAGAAUGUCAUCUACAUAAGCAUAAAAUAAAAUUUACAAAUCUUUUUAAAUGUUAUUUUGGUUCUCUUAAGGAUCAGGCUCUUAUUGUGUAUCAUCAGGGGUAGGCAGUGAUUCUGAAGUCAUGGCAGAAUUAGCAGCAUUUCUUGGUCAAGAAAUUCCUGAGGGAAGAAACAACCUGGCUGACAAUCAUAUAAAUCUUGAGAGGGUCGCUGAUUAUUGUGAAGCUAACUAUUUUCAAGCAGAAAACAAGAGAAUAGCUUUAGAAGAAACCAAAAAUUUUACUACUCAAUCACUGGCUAGUGUAGCCUACCAAAUAAAUACCCUUGCUUAUAAUUUUUUGCAACUAUUGGAUUUACAAACAUCUCAGCUUGCUGAGAUGGAAAGUCAAAUGAAUCAUAUUGCUCAAACAGUUAUGAUACACAAAGAAAAAGUAGCUAGAAGAGAGAUUGGAGUGUUAACAGCUAAUAAAAUCACAGUACGUCAGUACAAAAUCAUUGCACCAGCAAAUCCUGAGAAACCAAUUAAAUAUGUAAGAAAAAGCAUUGAUUAUACAAUCUUGGAUGAUAUUGGACACGGAGUACGUAGUAGUGGUACUCCAAGGAGCAAACAACGUGGUGGAAGUCAAGGCAGUGUACAAAGUUUAGGAGCAACUUCCACUGGUUCUGGAUUAGGUGCAGCUAUGGUAGGACCGGCUCCUACCACUAAACCACCUACUCCUCCUCAGACAGUAAGAACAGGAACAUUGAGUAAAGGAUCACGAGAAUACAGAACACCACCUGCAGUUGCUCCACCUCAAGUUCCUAGUCAUUAUGCUCCUAAUUAUCCAUUGGGUCAUCCAAGAAGAGAACGUGGCCCUGGUUAUAGUACAUUACCUUUACAUGCACAUACUACAUCUCAUGCAACUCAUAAUACCAAUCACAAUGCACAUACAAACACUGUAACCCAACAUACUUCACCACCUCAAGUAGGAACAGUUCAUCCAUUACAAAGUCAUCCACAAACACCACCACCAGCACCACCUAGUGUAACAGCAGGCUAUGUCCAAGAACAUAAUAGUAUGCCUCCACCACCUUCACCGUUAGUUGGCAUAACUGGCAAUACGUUAGAUUUUACAAAUUAUCACACUUUGUCAGAAAGAUUAGGUCAUCAAGUUAGUCGAAGUAGUGGUGCAAAUAGCCCACCAUUACCACCACCGCCACCACCAGAGCAAGAAGAACAUCCACAAUUUGGUAGGCCUACACAAUCUAGCGGUGCUAUCAUGCCUAUUGUUCCAGAUGAAGAAGAUCUCCCUGGUUGGGUUCCAAAGAACUAUAUCGAGAAAGUUGUGGCAAUAUAUGAUUAUUAUGCUGACAAAGAAGAUGAGUUGAGCUUCCAGGAAAGCUCUGUAAUUUAUGUACUGAAAAAGAAUGACGAUGGAUGGUGGGAGGGAGUCAUGGAUGGUAUAACGGGUUUGUUUCCCGGAAAUUAUGUAGAACCUUGUGUUUAAUAAGUGCUUCAAUGCAUUUAGAUAUAUCAAAAUUGUGAAUAUUGAUAAUUAUUCACAGAAGACUGCAAAUUCAAGGGACAUAUUCCUUGA